AUGCUGCCGACAAGUGCACAGAACCUGCACUUCAAAGUGGCCACCAACAUGGGCCAAGAGAACAGCAAGCCAGAAAGGGCCGACACUCUACCAACGAAUGGUGCAACUACUCCUCAGGCUCACCAGACUAUGGCGAACGGGCGUCCCUACGCUUCCCCUUCAGGCUCGCCCCCACUCCCUACUGCUCAUUCUGAUCGCGCGGGUAAACCAGCAGUCUCCAACAACAGGACACCUUCAGGUGUGAAACGAUCUUGGGAAGACUACGAGGGUGAUGGACAGAGUUUCGAUGGUUUUGAGCGCAAAUCUCGUCGCAGGUCACCAAGCCCACGAAGAGCUGCAUUUUCGACCAGAGACCACUACAGCCCUCCACCAGUGCGUACACCUCGCUCACCUGACUACGCUCGCCAUACCUUCAAGCCCGACCGUGGCGACCAUUGGAGGCCCCGUCAUGGCCAGCGACACCGAUCUUCUGCUCUGCCAUCAGAUCCGCGACAUGAACGUGAAGUUGAGCGCGCAUCAGACCACAGAGGUCUCUCUUACGAGCCUCAUUCAACUUCACACCGACCGGAGUCAAGUGGACAGGAUCCGUUCAGCGACUCUCUCGUUCAAGAUCACGUCUUCAAUGGCCGUUCGUUGGGUCAACUAGAAAAUGGCCACCAAGAGCGUCCCUUCCCCAGCAGCUACACAUGGACCAAUCCCAAUCUGCCCAUUAAAAGGAACUCAACAACAGGCCCGCGGCAACCCCAGACGUUAGAUGUGGCUGGCCCUCGAACAACUGUUGAUUAUGAAGGCUUGAGAGGCGUACCCACCGGACCAAAAAACAUGAAGUCUGGACCCAACGACAUCAAGAAUGACCCCAACCCGGAGUUUUCUGCCCUUUGUUCGGAGUUUUUCCCCAGCGGUAUCAACCCGGCGGUGGCCCGAUAUCCGAACAUCUUCAUACCUGCAAGAUCGUUACCACCAAAGGCAGCUACAAUAUCGCACCUGAAGCGGUUCCUGACAUUCAACCAAGGAGCAUCACUGGAUCUCAAGGUUCUUGCCGAUCCUUUUGGGUAUCUGAUCGUCUUUGAUGAUACACUGAAAGGCAGGAAGGAGCUCAACCGGUGCUUUGAAACCAAGAACCAAGAAUUUAUGUUCGGCGAAUAUGUGCUGGAGAUGAUACCAUUUCCUGAUGGUCGACCGCCCGUGGAAGCUACACCCAGCGGUACACUACAUCGGAUGGCAGGCAACGAAGGCGAGCACGAUUCCGCUCACAGAGAAUCCCGCGCAACAGAGAUCGCCGAAGCAUUGCAAGUCGCAUCGGUCUUCCGACAGCCGCAAAGCAAACUGCAAGCUGGCAAAGCCAUUUCCGAUAACAGCGCAGCUGUCGAGUCACGCUCGCCUGUCCCAGAAGAGCACAACGUCAAAGGCUCCUCACCCUCAAUGCCCGAUGGCGCCUCCAGAUCAAACCUGCGCUCAUCUCCUCUUCUUGCUCGGAAAGAACGAGGCGACUCAUCUUCUUCGGUCAGCAGCUUGACUGACCGCUCCGCGUCAAGACCUAGAAGGUGUCACGUCUGCAAAGGACCUGUUGCGGACACGGACUCGCUUGUUCAGUGCUCUUCCUGUCCUCGAGGGUAUCAUCGCCGAUGUCAUCCUCAGCCCUCAGUCCCGUCGCACCUGUCUCCCGGUCAUUCUUGGCAGUGUCGUCGUUGCAUUAAGAAGCAAGUACCACCACCAAAGAGCGGACUAUCAACCGCGACGUCUGCUCCCGCUGGCAGUCCGGCGCCAUCUGUUGGACAAUUAGAAGAACCGUCAUCAUUUGCGAAGCUCCCAAAUGGUCAUGCGCAGGAGGCUGAGGCGGAACCUGAUCUGGCAAGCCAAAGCGGCAUUCCUGAGACGGAUGCAUCGUACAAGUUGUCUCACCCUCCUGUCGACUACCCUAUGCGCGACCAUACGAAGGCUUCCUUGCCGGAAGUUGCUGAGCUGGUGACCGAUGUGACUCUGAGCGGUGAGCCGAUGCGCGAAGACGUUGAAGAUUUAGUGGAGCAAAGCUUCGCAGAGCAAAAGUUGCAGAUCGAAGAGGAUGUGCGGCCGCCCAAGAAGACCAAGUACAACUUCACCAGAAAGAAGCAGCUCAGCAGCCAGACCCAUGCUCUGAGCAGUGGGGCGCAAGAUGCUUGCUCUUUACAGCAGCGUGGGACAGAGCACCCAACGACGAACGUACAAAGCGAAUUGGGCAGCCCGGACACACCCAAGAGGAAGCCACAUAGAUGGCCAGGAGGUGGUGCCGACCGAGACAUCAUCAAAGCAGGAAUAAUCAAUUUCUUCCCGGACACUCACAAGACCGGAAACGAGCAAAUCUCACAGCAACGGCCUCCAUUGCAGGAGUCCACUGGCACAGGCACUGCGACCACCGUGACUGAAGUGCCAGAAAGUCCUGAUGUGCCCCAGUCGAUAAUUCACAUGCGCGGAGCACCUCCGGUACGCCAUCCCACAACUGGGCCUGCGCUACUGCGUACUAGCAGUCGAGAUGUAUCUAUGGACGAAGCAAUGCUUCUUACCAAUGGCGUGACCGCAUCUGGGGCACCUAGUGAGGCACGUAGUUUGAAGCCAAGUAAGCCGCGCGCAUUGAAUUGCGGCAGAUGUGGGCGGACGAUGCCAUUCAUACCUUCUCAGAAGAAGCUGCAGCUCUGCUCGAAAUGCAGGAAGAACGAGCGUGAAGGUGCUGAGCCAAGUGCUGUCGGCCUUGCACUCAAAGUUCCAGCAAACUCAACCGACAAGGCCACUUCGGUCCCAGAAGGUGAUGCCGCCAGUGUUGGUGAGAUACAGCUUCCAAAACCUGUCCCUGAGCCUACAGAGAAGGGUAUCUUAGUGACCAACGGCACUGCUGCUCCAUCACCUGAACUCGUGAAGGACGACGCUGGCCAGACAGGGAAAGAAGUGAACGAUCCGCCAGGCUUGCAGAUGGACCGGGCGUCAGAGGUUCCUGAUGUGUCACCGCCAACCCCGAAGCUCUCCACCAAGCCCCGUACAGCCUGCGAGGACUGUCGGCUGCAUCGGAAACGAUGCACACAUCUCGUUCGAAAAUCGGUUGUCGAACAACUGGGGUUACAGCUGGAUGGCGCAGACUCAGAUACGGACCUUUGGAACCCGUCGCCGUCCCCUCCAAGCUUCCAAACCGCUGCAGCUAACGGUGAAAUCGAGUCCCACGUCUCUGCUGGUGUGACCAAUGGCCAGGAACCUGAGGGCUUCGAGCACGAUACCUCAGAGCUGUCCAGCCGCUCCUUAAGCCCCGAGCCCGAUUCUGGCAUCGAUGAACCUGCACAAUCAUCGAAGGAUCAGAAGGUCCGGCGCAGGACACACACCGUUGCCGCCAAGCAUGAGCAUGACCUGGGCGACUCAUACGAGAGACCUAAGAAUACAUAUGUCAAGCUCAUUGGCAUGGCCUUCUGCGCGAACCCAGGACGGCCCAUGACCACCCGAGCCGUCUCAGAAUGGGUUGCCGAAAAUAUCCCGCGCUAUGAGCUCAAGAAAGGCAAUGACUGGGAGAAGCAUAUCGGUGCAACGAUGAGUUUGCGCCGCCUCAAUAAUUCGGGCGGCACUGUCCCUUUGUGGAAGCAUUUGGACCGUCCAGCUUCAGCCAAAGCGAACGCGCCACUGUAUUGGGAGCUGCUGCCGGGCAUGGAAAACAAGCUGUUGCACUGGGAUCCUGUGCUUAAGGAGUGCAGGUCACCGGAUCAGAGCUCGACUGCGCGCCAGAUGGUGGAAAGCUGGAAGAAGCAAGAGAGUAAGGAAGAAGAUCCAGAGGCUAAGGCGGCUGCUUCAUGGGCUCCUGAGAACGUGCAAUCCAGCAAGCCCACGUGUCAUGAGUCAGCUGCGGGUUCGAAGAAGUCUUCAAGACACACAUUGCUGCCUGACAGUGCAGCUGCAACACCUCCUCUGCCGAAACCAGCAUAUGCCGAAUCUGCUUCCUCCGAAGAAGAGCCACUGCUGCUGUCAAGUCGCAAGAGAUCUUCGGCACUCCCAACCGCUCAGCCAAGCGAAAUGGAUCCUGACAACGUGGAGGUCGAUGCGCCACAAGGUGAGGUUGUCAGCGCACCAACAACAGCCAAUCUUCAAAACGUAGACCAAGAUCUUGCGCCGGCUGUCAUCCAGGUGGAUCCUGUCAUUCCACCAGCGACGCUCCUGGAAGCGAUCAAACAGGACUCUGAGGACGUCAAUGGCAGCGCGAAAUCUCUGUUCGAAGAAUGGCCUCAGUACGACCUUGCGAACGACUUCGACUACACAGCAAAGGUUGCCGAGAUCAAGAAGCGCCCGAACCGGAAGAAGAGGUCAGCGCAGCGUGUUGAUCCGUGGACGAGUGACUGGAAGCCUGCACGUCUGGCAGAUAAGGUCGACUCAUCACGACAAAGCUCCGUUGCAGGCGACCGAUCCACUCGCGCAGCCCGCAAGUCGCUCCACAAUUCGCAGAUGUGGGACGUUGACAAUAGCAUUGUCAAGCAGUGCGAUACGAUUGAGGAGCUGUUCGGACUGCCGCAGAACCCGAUCGCGACGUGGCAUGAUGAUAGGCUCGCGUUUCGGGAUGGCACGAGGAAUGAGGAUGGAUCGUUGCCGCGAGCGAGAGAGAUGUUUAAGACGGGGUAUGCAUGA